AUGGCGAUGGCCCCCCGCGCUGCCGCCCUCGCGGUCGCCCUCGUGGCCGCCGCCGCCUGCGGCGGCGCGUUCGUGCAGCCGGGCCGCGUGCGCGCGGGCCCCGCCCACGGCGCCCUGCGUGCGCAGCUGCAGCAGCAGGAGCCCGCCCCGGAGACGGGCGCGGGCGGGGAGGGCGCGGCCCCCGUGCUGGCCGGCUUCGCGCUCGGGCUGGUGGCCGCGCUCGCGGGGGCCCAGGUGGCAUGGGCCGGCGCCGGCGCCAGCAGCCCGAACUACCUUGAGGAGCAGGGGAUGAACGCCCCGCUCAAAGUCGACUUUGUGCAGCGGGAUCGGCUUCGCCCCGGCAAGGUCGGGCAGAUCAGCUUCGUGGCCAGGUCCCGCAUGGAGCACCAGGAGCGGGAGCAGGCCAGGAGGACGCUGGCGAGCUUUGACGCGAAGAUCAAGGCGGCGCCGGACAGGGCCCAGCGCGUGGACAGGACAAUGGAGGGGCUGAAGAGGCUGGCCCAGGCGGGUAGCUUCUCCAAGUGA